AUGUCUGGAUCAAAUCCCUUCCGCGCAAGGAACCUAGGCAAUCCCGCAGAUCCUCAAUCGAAGAAUGCCCCCAACCCUCCCCAAUCCACCCCCACCAUAGCAAACGGCUAUCCGGGGAAGUCAUCUAUAUCCCUCGAGCUCGAGGUAGACGACUCAAGCUCAGACGAGAACCCGUUCAACCCGGACGCCUUGGCUAGCGACAGCGAGGCCAGCGACUCUGCCUCCAAGAGCUCAGCUCCUGGUGAUCGCCGUGCAUUCUUUGGGUCUGCUCCACUUCCUGCUCCAUCCCCAGAUGGAUCCUCUACGCCAUCCUCCACGCAGCCAUCUAUAUCAACAGACCGCAAUGUGCAGUCUGCAUCAGGAGAUGGACCUGUAGCCCCUGACGCAUCCCGAGACCGCUCCCAGCGCUCUCUACGCUCCGAGGCUCAAUCUUCCCCCUCCCAGGAAAGUACCGCCCGGACGAGGGAGAAGAAGCCCCCGCCUCCGCCCAAGAGUCAUCACGGGAAACGGAUUAGCCAUACAGCCACGACUAUGAGCGAUGUAGAUGCAGAUGCACACUCUUCACAAUCAGCAGCUCGCUGGAGAUCUAGUAAUAGGCUAUCAAUCCAUGGCUCCUCAACGGAAAGGGUGACGCCUGGCGCUUCCCAUCCCAGCUCGGUAUCCCUACCCUCAGCAGCAGACUACUUCUCGGUAUCAGAGAACCAAGCAGCAACAGAACCGACGGAUUCCCUGCAACGCAGCCACUCUCAGAAACGACCCCCGACUCCACCCCUCAGUCGACGACACAGUCAAAUGCGGAGAUCAAAAUCCACCCAGUCCAAAUCUAGCCGCUUAACCAUGUCCUCAUACGACUCAGAGCGUGAGAGUAAUAGCUCCUUGCCUUCAAGUCCGGGUCCAACUCGAUCCCUGGCGUCAAAGAGAAUUAGUAUGCCUCCGCCUUCAUCAUCGGGGGAGUUCCAGGCUGCAAUUCCUUCAGGGGAUGUCUCUCUCAAUCCAUUGGGUUCUCCUAGUUCUAGAUCCCCCUCACUGAAAGCUGGUCGGCGUGCUUCCUCUUAUGGAAGUGUUCCGUCCAAUUCAUCGUCUGGGCCUCCUCCUCCACCGCCGCCUCGUCGGACGAGGGAUUCUGCUAUCCGUAGUAGUGCAGGUGAUAGCCCGCCGGUGUCGAGGGUGGCCACUGAUGAGGAUGCGCCUCUUCCGCAGCCGUCGAAUGCUUUGGAUAUCUUGGCUGAUUUGACGAAAUUGCAGAAGGAGGUGGAUGAUCUGAGGGGUCAUUAUGAGAAUCGUAAGGUUGAGUGA